UUAUUUGAAUGUAUGCUGGGUUCCCUAAUAUGUGCGGCUAUACUUGCUGUAAUGAAUGAGGCCCCAUCGUUUUCGUUAUAUGUGACAUAUGGUGGUCCGUACAUAAUGCUUGUGCUAAUGCAAAUUUUUAUUUAUGCCUGGGCUGCCAAUGAAAUUAGUGUCCAGAGUAUUGCUAUUGCCGAUGCUAUAUUUGAGAGUGAGUGGGACUUGUUCGAUAUCAAAUCUAAAAAGUUAUUAGUAAUUUUGUUAGCGAGAGUGCAAAAACCUCUAGAAAUGAGAAUUGGCCCGUUUAAUCCUAUGACAAAUGAAACAGCAUUACUAAUGGUCAAGGCUAUUGGUUCGUAUGUUUCAGUAUUUCAAGGAUCCUAUGAUGAAUAACUAAGGAUAUAAUAUAAAAGUAUACUUAG